AACUUUUGGUAUAUCUAUAUCGAAUUGGAUAUAUUACAAACAUCCACCAGGCGGUCACACUGUUUAAAACUUUAAUAAACUCAAACACAAUGGAGACGCUCCUGGAGCAGCAGCGUCGAUACCAUGAAGAGCGCGAGCGCAUUAUUAAGCUGAUGGUCGACGAACACGCCACAAAAAAGGCCGGCGAAAAGGAGCGUAUACACAGUGAGCAUCGGUUAAAGUAUCUGAUGGAACUGCAUCAUAAUGCCACCGCUCAACUGCGUGAUCUCUAUGAAGAUAAAGACAAUGAGCGAAAAGCCGAGAUUGCUGCACUCUCGGGACCAAAUGAAUUUAACGAAUUCUAUGCACGCUUAAAACAGAUCAAAGCAUUCUACAAAACACACCCGGCUGAAGUCAGUGUUCCCCUUUCGGUGGAGUUCGAGGAGAUGAUCAAAGUCUAUAGCAAUCCCGAUGAUAUGAGUGCCUUGGUCGAGUUUACUGACGAGGAGGGUGGCGGACGAUAUUUGGAUUUAAACGAAUGUUACGAACUAUAUCUGAAUUUGCGUGGCGUCGAAAAGUUGGACUAUAUCACGUAUCUCAUGUCUUUUGAUCAUGUCUUCGAUAUACCACGUGAGCGCAAGAAUCGCGAGUAUCGCAAAUAUGUAGAGACACUCAACCAAUAUCUACACAGCUUCCUGCAGCGCAUUCAACCGCUGCUCGAUCUGGAGAGCGAAAUGGUUAAAGUCGAGCUGGACUUUCAACGCCAGUGGCUGCAAGGCACAUUCCCUGGCUGGGCACUAAAGGAAACGGAAUCGGCGCUCGCCAAUACCGGCGCCCAUCUGGACUUAUCUGCCUUCUCCAGCUGGGAGGAGUUGGCAUCUCUGGGCCUGGAUCGUCUCAAAUCAGGUCUGGUGGCACUCGGUCUCAAAUGUGGCGGUACCUUAGAGGAGAGAGCACAACGCCUGUUUACCACCAAGGGGAAAACCACCCUGGAUCCGGCGUUGAUGGCCAAAAAACCAACCGCCAAAAAUGCCAAUGCACAAACACGUGAGAAUGAACGAAAUAAGGAUAUUGCCCAAUUGGAGGCUUUAUUAUACAAAUACGCCGAACUGUUAUCCGAACAACGAGCGGCUACCAAGGAGAAUGUACAGCGAAAACAGGCGCGUACGGGCGGCGAGCGAGAUGACAGCGAUGUGGAGGCCAGCGAAUCGGAUAACGAUGAUGAUCCUGAUGCCGAUGAUGUUCCCUUUAAUCCCAAGAAUCUUCCACUGGGCUGGGAUGGCAAACCAAUACCGUAUUGGCUGUAUAAGUUGCAUGGCCUGAACAUUAGCUACAACUGCGAGAUUUGUGGCAAUUUCACGUACAAAGGACCCAAGGCAUUUCAGCGACACUUUGCCGAAUGGCGACAUGCGCAUGGAAUGCGUUGUUUGGGUAUUCCAAAUACUGCGCAUUUUGCCAAUGUCACGCAAAUUGAGGAUGCUAUCACGUUGUGGGAGAAGUUGAAGUCACAGAAGCAAAGCGAACGCUGGAUUGCAGACCAGGAAGAAGAGUUCGAGGACUCUUUGGGCAACGUUGUGAAUCGCAAAACAUUUGAGGAUUUGAAGCGACAAGGACUGCUCUAA